UUGAGUUUGUACGGCAAGUUCGACUCCAUCGUCCGUACUUGUUAAAUCUCUUUCUAGCAGAAAUUUUGAUGGGCUUAGGUCUGAAAUAGACGGUUGACUGUCAUAUUGUCCCGUAAUUUGGCUGGAAGGAUUUAGGCACCACCAUUCUGUAGGGCGUUACUUGAUGUUUGUCCCCUGGCUUCCUGUGACCCCCAAUCUUACUCGUGUGAAUGCUUCACAUGGGGUGCGCGUUCGUGCUUUCGUCUUGAAUGAUAAAAGAGAGGUGCUUGUUGUCCAAGAGAAUAGCGGAAGGUUCAAAGGUACGGGUGCGUGGAGGCUCCCCAAUGGAGUUGUUAACGAGGGUGAGGAUAUAGGCCAUGCAGUUGUCAGAGAAGUACAGGAAGAGACGGGAGUAGACACUAAAUUUGUCGAAGUCCUCUGUUCCAGGCAAGACCACAAAUCAUUCUUCACGAAAUCAGAUUUGUUCUUCCUUUGCGUGCUUCAGCCACGAUCAUCUUCUAUCGAGAGACAGAAUGUAGAGGUCAAGGCGGCCCUGUGGAUGCCGAUUGAGGAGUACGCAGCACAACCUUUCAUUGUCAGAAACAAGCAAUUCAGUUCUACGGCAAAGAUUUGCUUGGCGAGGGCGAAUGAUGGCUACCCCGGUUUCGCACCUUUGGCAACAACGACUCGGAGUGACAAAAGGUCUUACAUCUACUGCAAUAAUUACCUUGGAGUUCAGGAGAACUUUGCAAGUUCUACUUAUCAUGAGUCACAGAAGAGGAGAGGCGUGUGGAUCAAAGUGCCCAUUGAGCAUGCACACCUUGUCAAGUCGCUAGUUAAGGAAGGAUUCGGUUACAGGCAGAUGCUUCGCAUAAGAAACAUUUUCUUCUCUUUCCGGGUGCUUGUAGUUACGGAGAAAGGCGGAAAAUUCAAAGGCAGAGGCAUCUGGAAGCUCCUGACUGGACUUGUCGAUGAGGGCGAGGAUGUAUUUGCUACAGCUAUAAGAGAAGAAAAAGAAGAGACAGGAAUAGACACUGAAUUUGAUGAAGUCCUGGCAUCCAGAGAAGCAAAAGAAGAGACGGGAAUAGACACUGACUUCAAUGAAGUCCUGGCAUUCAGAUACACUGCACAGCAGCCUUUUGUACUUCAAAAUAAGCAGGUCCAAUAUGUGGCGAAAAUAUGCUCAGCGAAGGCGAACGGUGGCUACACCGGUUUCGCUCCUCUGGCCGUCAUGUUGAAGUCCAGCAAAUUGAUUCGCACCUACUGCAAUAACCCUGGGAAUGUGCAGCAUCUUAUGGAAGUCUUUUUCGGGGAUUUUGAAUAGUAUUUGGGGAUCCCCCUGUUUUCCGUUUACAACAAGGUUCAUGUUCUGUCGAGAUGUGUUGAUUGCACUUAAUUAUUUGUCAGUUUAGAAAGAUUACAUUUUCUAUUCAUCUCUAAAAGAAAGCCUUUUCGGUUUGUAA